AUGGCGCGCGACAGCUCAUAUCUCAUGCGAGAUGAUCUAUUGCAACUUGACGACCAACUUUUAGACGAAGGCUUCGGGUUUCUCAUGUCACUCCUGCCACGAGAGCUCUUCCACUUGUACAACGAACGCAUCGUCAUCAAUUCGAACGAGUAUGAUUUGCAGGAUCGACCAGAUGACCUCGUAAUUGCCUACGUCACAAGACCAGGAGACUACGUGCGAGCGUUAAAGAUAGGUGUCGAUGCCAACGCCAUCGAGAAGCACGAAUUUCCGCCCUCAUUGAAACGGAAAAAGGGCGACCAACAUGUCGAGCUUGUCCAUCUGGGAGAGGCAGAUAUCGAGAAGCUAAACAGUAUUCCGCCACUUUCGUGGGAUUAUAAACUCGAUGCAGGCUACGAGCGCUCGCCGGAGUGUCGCGAUCAAACGAUCGCUCUCAUCAAGUAUUAUCUCUUGGUCUGGGCGGCAAAGAACUCACUGGAAGCCCCACUGCCACAACCCAACUACCAACAUCUUGUCGCAGCUUUCAAGCGCCUAACGACGACGCAUUAUUACAAGCAUCACGAGUUGAUUGAUGAGGAUGAUGAGCGGAAGGAUGUGCAGAUGUGCUUACGUAAAGGUGAGGAUGACCUUCGCCCGCUCGAUCGUUCAGACGGUCAAAAAGAGCCGGUGAUGGUCAAUAUAGAGAAAGACGACGCUGAAGGCGGGCAUAGCGCUCGCACAAGCCGAGAAACAUCGGGAUCCUCCUAUAAGCCAAGCGCAAUCGAGCCAGGACGGGAGCUCGCUCAUGCCGCAAAACUGCCCACCCCGCGACAAACCCCCAAGCAGCAAACAUUAGACGUCGACAUGGUGGAUGUGCCGGAAGAAUCGACCCGCGCUACAAGCGUGAACUCCUCCGAACUUGCCACGAGUUCGCUCGACGCUGACGUUGCCUUGAGCUUCGAGACGGAAGCACUAAUUCGCCAGUCCCUCCCGACGCCAGAUACGCUGGUCGAGGAGGCUAUCGUCGAAACUGAUCCCACAUUGAGAGAUAUUCGAAAGAAGAUGGGACCCAGCACACUAUCGCUCCUACCGCUAUUGACGACCUGCACAUUUAAGAAAAUUCACACCAAAGAUAAAGGCUUUCUCGGCUUGCGACUUCUUCUCGGAACAUUUCGGGAAGAUACAAGCCGACCAGAGCUCGAAGGCUGCGAGGCUUGGGCGUCUUUCAAGAUGCACGAUAAGAAUGACCGCGCUGCUCCACGCAUGCACGUUCACGCUUUUUGUGCAGGGACAGAUAAAAUCGUGGAAGAUGAUCUGAAAAUCAAAGACGUGCUACCAGAUCUUCAAUUGGGCCCUGCAUUCACCAGUAUUCAGGGCGGAGACCGCGCGGAGGAGCUGCUAUUGAAGGCAUUGGUGAAGUAUUUCUUCAUUAUCGCCGCGAGGGACAAGGUCCUUGGGUUCGAUAAACACAAGAUGCCCUUCAAUGGAUCCUUUGUGGAUCAGCUCAAGAUUGCCUGCAAGCGCGUCCAGAUGCACGAUUCAGCGAGAGACGACCAGCGCGCGCACAGCCGGCCUCUCAAACGUGUGAAGCGAUCUCACAAUCCUACGCCGAGACCAUCCGCCUCGUUGUCUGAUGCAGACGAGGAUGUCCCCGCGGUACGCACACGCGAUGCGCGGCGAUCAGGACGGCGCACGGGCCAACCAUCAAGCGCAGCCGUUAGCGAAAGUGAAGACAACAUCCCCGCCUUCGUCCCGGUGGUGCCCCAACAAAUUCCUCGUCGUCUCGCGCUCGGUGUUCGUAUUAUUCCUCUCAUGGAGGGACACACGGUGAAUGAGUUCCUCGACCCCGACGCCGAAGUCGCCGACUCAGACGGUGAUUCUGGGGACGAGAUCCCUCCGCCCAUAUCGAAUGACAUGCGCCUCUUCCUCGAAAAUCGUCACAGCUUCACCAAGCAAAUGAAAAAUCUCGGUGAAUCUGUCAAAUACUACAAAACCAGGAAAGAAAGUACUAUCAUGGGUAUCCGCAAAGUGAAGGGCAUGCUGAAUAAGAACACCAUGGCACCUCCCGAGCGGGCAGAGUCCGAGCGAGGGCUUGCGCACCGUCGGUUCGUCGAGACAACGAUCGGGACGCAUCUAGCGAUGAAAGAGGAGGGGCUUGAGGGCUGGAAAACGCGGGUGAAGCAGGUCAACAAAGAGGCGGCGCAUAUUGACCCUAGGGUCAUCGACACCUGGGAUUUAUUUUACCGGGUCUAG